CUUGACAUCACUCACUCAAGUUCUUUAAGCCAUUGUAGUUACAACAAACUAUACGAUAAAAAAAAAAAUCAAUCAAUAAAAUGGCCUUCAAGUUUAUCGUACUUUGCACUUUUUUGGCAACAGUAAAUGCUGGUGUUGCAUCUGAUAAUACAUAUCGCAAUCCUACAUCUGAAUCGAAAACUGUUACAUCAUACUCAAGCAACAGUAACACCGGUGUUCGUGCAAAUAAUCCAUCACUUUAUGUAACAUCAAGUCCAUCAUACGAGACUUACGCAUCACCAGCACAAGUUUAUGGAAAAACAGCAACAAUUCAACAAGCUGUUAAUUACCAUGCUCAUCCAGAAAGUCUAGCAUAUACCCAACAAGCUGUUCAACUUCCUCAAGCUACUUAUACAAACUACCAAGCUCCACAACAAUACAAUGUUGUUCAAAAACAGUAUCAACAAGCUGCAGUUCAAAUUCCUCAAACAACUUACACUACCUAUCAAGCUCCACAACAACAACAACAACAUCUUGUUUACCAACAGUAUGAACAAGCAGCACCACAUUCUUUCUAUUCACCAAGUCAUUAUUACAAUCAACCAGCUCAUGUUUUGCCAAUCACACAUCAACCACAUCAAACUGUCUACUCACAUGCAUCACCAGCAGCAAUCAAGAUCCAAUAUUCACCAGCUGCUGAAGUUGCUCAUCUUAGUUACUCCAAUGUCAAUGAUCAUAUCAAUUAUGCUUGGUAAAAUCAAUUUAUAGUCUCUAACUAGCUUCAAGUAUUAUA